GUCUUAUAAUAGACUUCGCUUCACUUUAACGCUGGCAUUGUCACUGGAAAAUAUCCAGAAAAAUUCACUUGUAAGUGAUCUAUUUAACGGUAGUAACUACUACAUUAGAUAAGUAUAUAGCCUAAAGCCAAAAGGUUUAAUGAACGGAAAUACGUCAACUGUCAUAGUUAUAUGAAAUUAGAAACAAGCAAAAGAUGUCUGUAGUAAAGAAAAUAAAUUUUUUAAAACUCAGAUGAAACGUGUUUGGUAAUUGUAAAAACUUUAGCGAAAUGAUGAUGAGCACUACAAAUUGGGCAGAUCAGAAUCUUUUGAUUUGUAGAGUUGUAAUCUACUUCUUGCGGCUGGCAUUUCGUGGAAUUAGGCAGGAAGAGCCUGCUGGGUGAAACAGAUAUCAGAUUAUCAAACAUAACCUCUAUAGAUCUAUGUUUCAUACAAAUUGCAAUCAAUCAUCUAGAAGGAUUCCGUAAGUUUAACACCACAUCCAACAAAGAGUACAAAGAAAAUACAACUGAAGGAAAUGAGAUUGAUGAGAAAAAUGAGAAGGAGAAUGAUCGAUCGUCCCGUGAACAUAGUCAAAUGGCAUAGCAAACAAAACAAUUGUUUAUUUCCGCCCAAAACGUAUUUUUUAAAUGUUGAAGAACUACGUUUGUUAGGAAAUACAAACGGAAAGAAAAAAUCGGCAAUAAAAGAAUGGGUGAUUUUCAUGAAAAAAGCUUUUUAUCUCAUUCACUUGUAAAUUUUGUCCCCAUCCUCAUUCUCGCAGAUCUCCUCCAUACAUUAUACCCUAUUCUAUAUCCCGAGCCGAUAGAGCAGGGAACGUAAAACUACGCUGUAUGUCUUUAGCCAAUAACACAUGACUUACGGCGUACUUACCUGCAUGAGAAAAGUUAUUGCUUCACAUAUAAAUCUUUUACUUAACACUGAUAUCUAAGCAUCUUAUCUUGAGCGCUAUUUAGCUUUUUUAAAAAUUCAUUUUUUUGCAGUAUUCAAAGAAUGUUUCUUCCAUAGAAUUUGGUGCCUAUCAACAAAUUUAAUCAAAGACGUUAGAAAUCUGCACCUAUUCAACCCUGUUGAGAAAUUUAAUGAAGACUGUGUAAUCAUAUAUAUUUUGCGUUCGAUUUUUCUAUUGUAAAUAUUUGAAGCAUCACUUCAAAUUUAUUUGUCUUUAGUUUCUUAGUAAAGAUUAUGCGUCUGUUCAAAGUACACAAGUAUGAAACGAGAGAUAUUGUGAAUAUUUGUAUGCUGUGCCAGAUUGUUCAAAAUUGUGGUGUAAUAAUUUCCUCCUAUACAUUUUCAAUCUUCGUUUUAGCGUAGUUGCCUUCUAGAUUUUAUUUGUUGUUUAUUGUUUACUUUUUAGUUAUUAUGUGAGCAUGUGUGGUGAUGGUGCCAACGAUUGUGGUGCUCUAAAAGCAGCUCACGCUGGAAUAUCACUUUCCACCGCCGAUGCUUCUGUGGCAAGUCCAUUUACAUCAAAAACUCCGACAAUUGAAUGUGUACCGACAGUGAUUCGACCACUUGUAUCGAUUUUCGGACAUUUGUCCAUAUGUGCUGCAUUUCAAGCAUUCACAUUUAUUUACGUUCAAAACCUUCCAUGGUAUCAGGCUUAUGAAUUUAAUACCAGAAAGAUUUUACGUUCUUAUAUUAACACAGCUAUGUUCCAUCAGUCAUCUUACCAAUACAUUUGGGAAUCUAUCAUAUUCUCGCGUGGAAAACCAUAUCGUCAAUCAAUAUUCUCGAAUUGGAUAUUUUUGGCUGCAAUUAUUUUAUGUUUUGCAUUUAAUACUAUGUUAUUAUUUGCACCUGGAAUAGAACCACUUUGGAAUCUAUUACAAUUAAAUAAAAUUGCUAAUCCAGCAGAAUGUUUACACAAAUAUAAUGACCAACAGGAUUGUUGCCACACCAAAAAACCAUUGAAUGUAUCAAUGGGUAGGUAUUUACCGUUCUCGUCGGUGGCUCAUAUUCAAUGGUUUUUUUGGUGUGGCAACAAUCCUGUUGGUCAUUAUAUUUGUGUAAACAUUCUGCUG